GCCCGAAGCCCAUGACCGGGGAAGCCCUGAGCCCUAAUUGCUGCCUCCGCUCCAGGAACAGACGUCAUUCUUCCCCGCAGGAAUAAGGUACGUUGAUCAAUUCAUAGUUCAUAGACGGGGUCUCAUUAGAGUGAGACUUUCAUCGCAAACUCAAACCAUGCCGGCAGAUAUUAUUGAUGAUGAUGAUGCUCCCCCAGAGCUCGUGGAUGUGUCCACCCUGCCGUACUCAGAAAAGCCCAAUAUUUCCACGACACCAUCUACAACCUUAGACACGCCGGCACAGGAUCGCGUGCCUAUCACUCUGGUAACGGGUUAUCUCGGUGCGGGCAAGACUACCUUGCUUAAUUACAUCUUGAGUGAGAAACAUGGCAAAAAGAUAGCGGUGAUCAUGAACGAGUUCGGGGACUCUACGGACAUCGAAAAGCCAUUAACGGUCAACCAGAACGGCCAAGAGGUCACGGAGUGGAUGGAAGUCGGAAACGGCUGCAUCUGCUGCUCCGUCAAAGACUCGGGCGUCAUGGCCAUCGAGUCACUCAUGGAGCGUCGGGGAACAUUCGACUACAUCCUCCUAGAGACAACGGGGCUCGCCGACCCGGGCAACCUCGCGCCCGUUUUCUGGGUAGACGAUAACCUCGGCAGCUCCAUCUACCUCGACGGAAUCGUCACCCUAGUCGACGCGAAGAACAUCCUCCGUCUUCUGGACGAGCCCGCGCCGGAGGAAACCGCCUCGAGCCAUACCGACGGAACUGAGGACGAGAGCCAUGGACACCCGGGGCCUGUGCUCUCCAUGGCGCACAUGCAGAUCUCCCACGCAGACGUGAUCAUCCUGAAUAAGGCGGAUCUCGUCACCCAGGAGGAACUAGACCACGUCCGCUCCCGCAUCCUGGCGAUCAACAGCGUCGCCAAAAUCCACGUCACAGAUCACAGCAGGACACCACAGAUUGAGGGCGUCGUGCUGGAUCUCCAUGCAUACGACCACCUGGACAGCCUGGACUUUGGGGCCAAGGGACACAGUCACAUCGACCCGGCAAUAUCAACAAUCGCCAUAAUCAUACCCCCGAUUCCCGCGAACAAGGUCUCACGGGUAGACGCCUGGCUCCAAUCCGUUCUAUGGGAAUCGAAAAUCCCGGUAAUUGACAAUACAGAUACUUCUAGCCUCAAUAGUUUCGAGAUCCACCGUCUGAAAGGCAUUCUAGCACUGCAAGACGGGUCCUGUAAGAUCAUCCAGGCUGUCCGGGAAGUCUUCGAGAUCCGGGACUCGGAGCCAAAGACAGGCGGUGGCGGCGACUGCAAGCUCGUUCUGAUCGGCCGUGGUCUGGGACAGGAUGCGCAGCCGUGGCGGAGGAACUUUGAGGCGUUCCUGGAGGCUGGCCCGUAGCGCAGUGGUUACAGGCGCGACAGCCGAGCGAGUGUACACGCCGCUUGGUACAAAUCAUCUGCAAGACAUUCUAUUACCAGCUGGGAGCAACCAUGCGGCAAGGCCGAGGCUACGAUUGGACAGCUUUACCGAAUGAGGUGGCCGCACAGCGACCCAAAGCACAUAGGACAGCUCAAUGCCGCCUACGUAUCUGCGCCUGCAUGAUCCAUAUCUUCGCAACAAAAAGGCAUCAAUUAAAAUUUUGAUAAGAUAAAUACAGCUUCGUGAAAGAGAAAAAUGACACGGACAUCGCAAAAGUGUACAAUUGGACCACUUGCAGAGGGAAAAGUAUCAGAUGACAUCCGCCAAUCGUAUAUCAUGAGAAGAUCGUAAAUGAGAAGCUGGCACGGCAGGGAAUAGGCGCAUCUCUAAAUCGCAGGUCGUACUCAGAGAGGUGGUCCUGUUCUGAGAAGAAAUGUUGUUUCAACUUCCAAUGCCCUGCUAUCUC